AUGAAAGAACCUGCAGAAGCAAUUAAAUACCUGAACAAAACAAAAUAUGAAAAUUGGGACUUUGCAAAUACUAUCAAUCUCAUCAAAGAGGAAUUAGGACUAAACAACACACAGAGCUAUACUAUUCUUGAUUGUGCAUUAAAGAAUUAUUUCAAAAAGGUCAAAAGAGCGAAGGAAUGGGUAUCUAAAUGGAAAUCGUUGAUCAAGCAAUACGAGAAGUCAGAGCAAACCACAGAUAGCAGUAUAUCGUAUAAUGUGAAUGUAAAUACAGCCCAGAGCAUAAUCAACAGCUAUCAAGAAAUACAAACUAUUUGCGCAUUCACUGACAAGCCGAUUGCUACAUCUGACAUGCCUACCACUGAAUCUGACACGCUGAUUGCUACAUCUGACACGCCUACCACUGGAUCUGGCACGCCUACCACUGAAUCUGACACGCCUACCACUGAAUCUGGCACGCCUACCACUGAAUCUGACACGCCUACCACUGAAUCUGAAAAGCCGAUUGCUACAUCUAAAAAAACUGCGGAUGAAGACAAGUUUACCACUUUAUUCAAUGAUGACGAUGACGAUGACGAUGACGAUGACAAUGACGAUGACACUGGGGAUGGAGACGAUGACGCAACAGACAGAGCCGAGAUAUUUAGAAAGGAACUCUACAAAGCUGCAUAUCAAUAUUUUAAAGGAGGACAAGAUUUGUUUACAGUAGCAAUCCUGAACAGGAUGGCUCAAAAUGUCGUUCCAAGGACAUUAUCUGAGUCUUUAGACUUGCUUUCAUACCAACUGUUGACCAAGGAAAUGAAUGCAAACGAAAAGAACACUUUGAAGCUCUCUAUCAGUCGUGUCAUCUGCUUUUCGGGGCCCACUGCCGCAAUAUUCAAGGCAUAUUUCAAUAAGCAAAGCCAGCACAUCAGAGACCUCUUUGAGCAAGCAAAAUCUCAUAAUCACAAUAUAUCUGCUGUUGUCGGAUUGUCCGAAAAAGCAAAGUAG